AUGCUAUCCUUCAUCCUGUCUUUCUUCGGGUGGUCUUACCUUCCUGACUAUGCCACCCAGCAUCUGCUGCCUAUCGUGCAUCGCCAUUUCUAUCAGCGCGUUUUACGUCGAAUCCCUCCUCCCCCCAACACUCCAUUAUGGUGGCAGCAUUAUCGUUAUGUCUACGCGUUUACUGUCUUCAGCUAUUUGUGUUACAAUUUUCGUGAUGCUGCCGUGUCCAUGGCCCCCAACUACUACGAAACACUGGGAGUGGAACCUGUUGCAGACGAGAAUACCCUUAAGUCAGCGUUCAGGCAAUUUGCUCGAAAGAACCAUCCCGAUCGGGUGGGUCCACAAGGCGAAUCUGCGUUCAUCGAGGUGCGCGACGCGUUCGACGCCUUGAAGAAUCCAGUAACACGAUUUGCGUACGAUAGGUUUGGUCCUGAUGCACUCAAGUGGACCCAAUGUUCAACUCUCCGAGAAUAUAUCCGUCACGGACUCAUGCAGUCUUCCGGGUUCUACAUAGUAGCUGCUUGCGCCCUUCUACUAUGGUCUGUCAUUGGCAAGCCAAGUCAUGUAGCUUUUUGGCGAUAUCUAUUGUUUGCGAUAGUGUUCGCAUACGAGCUCACCUUCAUCCUGAACUCGUCGCCAUCCCGCCCAGUGGAUUCUUCUCUGUCUUCGUCCAUUUUCUCCGCAUCCGUAUCAAGCUUGUGUACGACGUUAUUUGCCUUCAUCUGGCCUCAGCGCGUUGCAUAUCAGCACAUACGCUUUCUGCACUCACUUUUCCUUUUCCUAUCGGUCGCAUUGUCCAGAGUCGCUCCAGUGCUAUUCCCGUCUCCUCAGCAAGACUAUGCCGAUGCCAAGCGGAUCAACGGGGAAAUUGACAGAAUCAAUCUACUGGCACGGCUCAUCGACCGCGAUGUAUCGUCACAAAUCCAGGUGGACCUUCACUCUGUCCACGGUCCACGGACCAACACACCACCUACGGAUGCGACUUUUGCCUACGUUCCACCGUGCACCGAGCCUGCAGAGGGAGUCGUGAACCGGCUCACAUCAGAGAUGGAGAACAUGGUCAUCGAGAGUCAGCUGAGGGACGGGGGUCCUCUAAAACGGGCGGUAGACGCGGUCAUCGCGAAACAGCGACGAGCGCAAGAGCAGAAGACCACGAACUCGAGGACUGGCAUGCCUUCGCCGACGCCAUCUCCUCCCCCGCCGUUAUUCCUAAGGCACGACAGGACUUCCUCGCACGAGAGGCCGUCUUCUGGAAGCUCGCUGUCUGGGUAUGUACGCGGACGAUCACAGUCGUAUUGA